GAUGAAGGAAGGAAAAGAAGAGGAAGAGAGAGGAGAUGCCAGGAUGGGGAAGAGGAACAAGGUUGACGAGGAAAGCGAGAUAAAAGGCUUUAUGGAAAAAAAAAGACACGAAAUGUUCCUAUCAUACAAUACCAGAGUAAGAGAGAGAGAGAGUGAGAAGGGAACCGGGAGUAGGUGGAGGGGGCGAGCGGAGGAGAACUAA